GAUAGUUAGGCAAACUAUCACUUUCACUGUUAGUUGAUAUUAGCCCAUCUUCGAGUGUUUCAAUCUUAGGGAACUAAAAUGAAACCAGAUAAUCGUCAGGAAAAUGGUGGUGAUGGUUCAUCCAGUGCUGGACUGGCUGAAGACGGAUUACCAGAGCAAGAUGAGCCAACUUCUUGUCAAAUCAGGAUUUCUCUUAACACCAACAAUGAUGUUUACAGCCAAAUUCGGCUGGCGAUUCAGAAAGAUCCAUCCCUGGGUGUCACAGAGGUCAGAAUUCUUCCUAAUGAAAUCGUUUCCAAAAGUGAUACAACUUGGGUACGAAAUGGUGGUAAACUGAGCUACGACUGCAAGUCGUUGCCGAAGGAUACAACAUCCCAGAGAUGCGAACCCAAAACAGUUUUGAACUCCCCAAAAGAAGCAUCGCCCAUUCAACGACAAAUUUUCCAAGGUUUUUAUGAAAAAAUUCUAGUAGCCAUCGAAAAAAUAGAAAUAAAACCCGAUUUGGAAACUGAAAUUAAACGUGAAAAACGUAUUCUACGAAAAUUGGAUGUACAUGAAAAUUUUAUUCGCUAUUUCAGCUACGAAACGGAUGAAUUAGACAAUUUCGUGUAUAUAGCGACAGAGCUGUGCUUGUGCUCUAUUGCUGACAUCUUUGAACGAAAAGAAAAAGAUUCGUUGAAAAAAACUGUUUUAAAAUCGCUAACGGCGAAAGGAAUCUUGUUACAGGCAACUAGGGGACUUGCCUACCUUCAUCAAAAUCAUUUUGUCCAUCGUAACGUAAAGCCGAGCAGUUUCCUUGUGAAGGAAAUACUGUCGGGCAAACACAUUGUUGGUUACGCAAUCAAGAUAACAGAUUUUCGGUUGAGCAGAAUGAUUGUUCCAGGCAAGUGUUGGUCUGGAACUAUUGCCUCGGAUGAGUGGGUGGCCCCGGAAAGCCAACGCACGGAUCAGGAAGUUGAUCAGUCCUUGGACGUGUUUAUUCUCGGUUGUUUCUAUCACUACGUCUUGACUGGAACAGGCGACGAGAAUCCCAGUCCAUCUCAUCCGUUCAGUGAUGAUAAACUCAGACGUACCACGAACAUUAACGAUUUGGAUUACUUUGUUUACAACGCAGAAUGGAAGCCAUCAGGCGUAAAGAAUGAAAAUGCGAUAGCUUUGAUCAAGCAGAUGAUCAAGUUCGAUGAAAACCAGCGACUAAGCCUAUCGGAAGUCCUCGAUCAUAAAUAUUUCCGGCCACCUAUGAAGGAACACUAUCCGAUAUACGAUUCUAAUAAGCCAGGUCUUUGUGUUAUAUUUAAUCAGGAGUAUUUCGCCAACCCUCAACGCCGGCUUGCAACUGACCGUGAUGGGGCAAGGUUAAAAGACAUUUUCAAGAAAUUAGGUUUUGAAGUUGACGAUCGUCAUCACAAUUUAAUGUCGCUCGGUAUCAAACACCAAAUGAAAAACCUGGCAAAGAAAGACUUCUCGGACUAUGGCUGCCUAGUUGUUUGUCUUUUGUCCCACGGCGUAGAGAACGCUAUUGCCGGCUCUGACGGAUUUUACGCCAACACUAACAAACUCAAGUACAAGUUUCGUUAUGAGCGUUGCCCUAGCCUGUACGGCAAACCAAAAAUUUUCAUCAUUCAAGCGUGCCAAGGAGAACUGAAACAGAGUCAAACAGGGAUCGUACCACCAGUCUCCCCAGGAUCAGAAAACAAAGAAUCCACCGUGCAACUGAGUCCUGCAUCCGCUGCUAUCAAAUAUAUGUCCCAUUGCUUUCAAUCCAUCAACGUCAACGAAGACAAGCUCAAUGGGAAUCCACCUAUUAUGGAUUUUAUGACCAUCACAUCAACUAUUCCGGGAUUCGUUUCCUUUCGGAAUACCUAUACUGGAACCUAUUUCAUUCAAGCCUUGUGUCAGAAAAUGGAAGAAGUAUAUUUAACCAGGGCGUAUGAUGGCAUUCGGGACUUGGAGGGAAUAUUGAGAGGAGACGACGGUGUCCAAUCCAUCAUGAACAAAAAGUUACAGAACACAGAAAAAAGACAAACGAUUUCGUGUGAAACCUACCUAAGGAAAUACAUCGUGUUCGAGAAACACGUCAAAACCGAUGACGAUGCAAAAGAUAAUGACAGUGAAUCCAGCAAUCGCCGAUUCACAGAACGGAACAAUUUCUUCGUUAACCAUAGCGCCCCUAUAAAAGAAUCCGGUUCGCCUUAA